AGACACGAUGACAGAUAGACCAGUUUAGCUAAAGUAACCAGGGUUCAUAAAGACAGGAGAACAGGAAUCCACACUCUCACACGGUCGCCUCAGUUCUGUGGAAGUCUACGUGGGUCUCAGGGGCGUUUGUGUGGGGAGAAAAUGCGAAGCCUCCCUUAUUCAGGUGAAACAACACAAUGACUUCUCUCAACAUCUGGCCCAUUUACAGAUUGCAUCAAAUAUCCAAGUCAGCCUGGGGGGUCAGGUCCUGGUUCUGGCCUGGUGGGGCCUCAGAUGGGGUCCUGUCAACCUCCAGACUGUGGCUACGUCGCUUCCUGCUGCUGAAGCUGGUGACGGUGCUGCUGUUCCCCCACAGAGCGGGACUCCCCUUGCUGGUGGGCUGUAUGUUCAGCCUCCGGGCCCUGCUGCUGCUCCGCUCCCCUCAUAUCUCCACCAAGCCGUCCACGGUGUUCCUGUGCCAGCUGGCCCUCACAGAUGUUCUUCUGCCGCUGCACUGGGUUCUCCAACUGGGACAGAAACUAACCUGUUGGAUGGAGGCCGAUGUGGAUGAGUCGGUUUGGUAUAAGGAGGCUGUGAGUUUACUGGGUCAGCAGCUGCUGGAUGCCCACCACCUGGCCUCUCUGCUCCUGCUGGGGCUGCUGGGACUGGAGGCCAUGCUGGUCUUACGCUGGCCCCUGCAGACUCGAACCAUCAGGACCUCCCACUGGGCUCAGUUCAGCUGCAGCCUGGUCUGGGUGUUCGUGCUGUUAGAGCUCCUACUCAUGUUCUCAUCAAAGCUCCUGCAGGAUUCCCAACCUCAGAUGUACCCCAUAACCCUGCAGAACCCUCAAAGUUCCCCUCAUGGUCUGGUGGAUCCAGCUUCUCUCACUGCCUUCUCCUUCUGCCCGAGGAGAAUAUUAUGGCUUAUAAAUUUAUGGCUCCAUUACAAUGUGAUUUAUAGCAAACCACCGAAGAGAAAGAGUUCCUUUCAUUAAAAUACUGUAAAUGAACAUGUAUAUGAUGACCUUAACUGUAUAUAAUGAACCGUGUGAAUAUAAC